AUGGGCCUUACUCAGGACAACCUCGGCGGCGAUCCCACCGGUCAGCUCUACGCCUGGAUCAAUUCGGCCUUUUACUUUGCAUACAUCAUUUUCCAGUAUCCAGGCACGAUCCUCGGCAAAUACUUCCCCCAGAAUUACUGGCUCGGUAUUGCCGCAACCGGCUGGGGUGUGUGCUGCACACUCCAGGCCACGUCUUUCAACUUUGCUGGUCUCUUUGUUGCACGUUUCGGUGUUGGUGUGUUCGAGUCGAUGUUCUCGCCGAACAUGUCCCUCUACUUCACGUUCUUCUACACUCGUAAAGAGAUUGGCAAGCGCCUUGGAAUUUGGUUCGCUUGCGCCUCCAUCGCUGGUGCUUUCGGUGGUUUGAUCGCCUUCGGUGUCCAGCACAUCGUCUCCUCGGUCCAGCUCUGGAAGCUGCUCUUCAUCAUCGAGGGUAUCCCCGCCAUCUGCUUCGGUAUCGCCUCCAUCUGGAUCCUCCCCGACCGCCCGGAGACCACCAAGUACCUUACUGAGGAGGAGCGUGUCCUGGCCAUCACCCGCAUGAGCCGUGGUGGCAAGAAGGAAGAGGAGGGCACCCUAAACAAGGCCCACGUCAAGGCCGCCUUCAAGGACUGGAAGAUCUACGUCUACGGCUUCGUGUAUUUCGGCGUCAACACCGCUGCUGCGGCCCUCGGUGCUUUCCUGCCCACCGUCAUUGCUCAGCUCGGCUUUACCGCUGCCCAGGCCCAGCUCCUCACCGUCCCGCCCUAUGCUGUUGGUGCCGUCCUCCUCAUCAUCACUAACUUUGUCUCCGACCACUACCAGUCCCGCGGUAUCCCCAUGGUGUUCGCCUCCCUCUGGGGUGCCAUCGGCUACCUCCUGCUGAUCGUCUCCACCUCCGUCGGUGUCCGCUACUUUGCCACUUUCCUCAUCACCUCAUCCACCUACACCGUCAUCGGCCUCGCCAUUGCAUGGUUCCCGUACAACAUGGGCUCAGAAUCUAAGAGGGCCGCCGGUAUUCCGAUCUUCCAGUCCAUUGGCCAGUGCGGCUCCAUCUGCGGUUCCAACAUCUUCCCCACCGCAGACGCUCCUCGCUACUUCAAGGGCUUCGGUCUCUCUUGCGGCUUCUCAUUUGCCACUUGCCUGGUUGCGGCUGGCAUGACCGCAUACUUCCGGUACGAGAACGCACGCAGGGACCGCCUCCACGGCGAGGUUGACCGCAACGCCCCCGUCGACACCUCCGAUGCCGACCUUUCCCCUGGCUUCCGCUACACGGUUUGA